CCUAUUUGUUGACUUAUAAAAAUGUUGAUAGUUUUUUCUCAUUUAUUCGCAUUAAUUGGAUUUUUUUUUGUAUUUUCUCUUUUAUCAAUAUUUUUUUUUCUUUUACGUUUCAGUCUAUGGCGCCGGUGAGCUUUCUUGUGAUGGUCGGCCCCACCCCGUUGUGACGCGGGCAGCUGUUUACAGUCACGCCAUCUUGCUGUUCCGUGUUCCAAUGCCUCUUCUUUCCCUUCUUUUUCUUCUUACUGAAUGUACGUUCAUCUUUUACCAUUUUUUUUCCCUUUUCUAAUCCUUCUUUCUUUCCUUCCCUUCCUCCUCCCUUCGCUAACCCUCCUCCUAUCCUUCCUUCCUUCCUUCUUUCCUUCCUAUCUAUCAGCUAACCACCCAUAAGAUAUCAGGCGUUGCGUGUGAAUGGUACAGAGGAAGGGUCACACUACCACCCGGCUCACAAAACUAUCCCCGGAAAUGCCCACAACUCCUACGAAAGCCUUGUCAAAUGUGUGUUUCUUUAGGUUCACGGUACAGAGGAAGGGUCACACUACCACCAGGGUCAUAAAACUACCCUUGGAAAUGCCCACAACUCCCACGAAAGCCUUGUCAAAUGUGUGUUUCUUUAGGUUCACGGUACAGAGGAAGGGUCACACUACCACCAGGGUCAUGAAACUACCCCUGGAAAUGCCCACAACUCCCACGAAAGCCUUGUCAAAUGUGUGUUUCUUUAGGUUCACGGUACAGAGGAAGGGCCACACUACCACCAGGGUCACAAAACAACCCCUGGAAAUGCCCACAACUCCCACGAAAGCCUUGUCAAAUGUGUGUUUCUUUAGGGUCAAAGUACAGAAGAAGGGUCACACUACCACCAGGGUCAUAAAACUACCCCUGGAAAUGCCCACAACGCCCACGAAAGCCUUGUCAAAUGUGUGUUUCUUAAGGUUCAUGGUACAGAGGAAGGGCCACACUACCACCAGGGUCUCAAAACUACCCCUGGAAAUGCCCACAACUCCCAUGAAAGCCUUGCCAAAUGUGUGUUUCUUUAGGUUCAUGGUACAGAGGAAGGGCCACACUACCACCAGGGUCAUAAAACUACUCCUGGAAAUGCCCAUAACUCCUAUGAAAGCCUUGCCAAAUGUGUGUUUCUUUAGGUUCAUGGUACAGAGGAAGGGUCACACUACCACCAGGGUCAUAAAACUACCCCUGGAAAUGCCCACAACUCCUAUGAAAGCCUUGUCAAAUGUGUGUUUCUUUAGGUUCACGGUACAGAGGAAGGGCCACACUACCACCAGGGUCAUAAAACUACCCCUGGAAAUGCCCACAACUCCUAUGAAAGCCCUUCCCUUCCUUCCUCCCAUCAUUUGUCAAUAUGUACAAGUGUUUCUUCUUCCCCCGAUAACAAGAUCCAUUCAAACAACACAUCAAUAUCUUUUUCUUCCAAGUUCACGAUGUCUCUCACGUUCAACAGGUCAACGGUAACUCGCAAGGUCAACAAAUAAUAUCAAGGUCACAUCAAGGUCAUACUCUUUAAUAUAUAAUGGAAAGUGGCGUUCAAGGUCACAACAAUCUUCAUUAUAAAAAAAUCUAUAGCGUAAUAAUAGUUUCCUUAAGUCUCUAUGUAAAUCUUGAAGCCCAAACUGUUCUUGUACUGCGCCAGGCUGAGACUGGUGUGUGAGGUCAUGUCUCGGGUCACUGGUGUAAGGGAGGUCAUAUCUUGGGUCAUUAGGUUAAGUUAGGUUAGGUUAGGGAGGAAAGGAAUGAAGGUGUUGGUGGUAUGAGGUCAGGUUAGGUCAAAUCUUGGGUCAUUAGAUUAAGUUAGGUCAGGGAGGUCAUAUCUUGGGUCAUUAGGUUAAGUUAGGUUAGGUUAGGGAGGAAAGGAAUGAAGGUGUUGGUGGUAUGAGGUCAGGUUAGGUCAAAUCUUGGGUCAUUAGGUUAAGUUAGGUUAGGUUAGGGAGGGAAGGAAUGAAGGUGUUGGUGGUAUGAGGUCAGGUUAGGUCAAAUCUUGGGUCAUUAGAUUAGGUUAGGUUAGGGAGGAAAGGAAGGAAGGAGGUGGUGGUAUGAGGUCAGGUUAGGUCACAUCUUGGGUCAUAAGGUUAGGUUAGGUUAGGGAGUAAAGGAAGGAAGGUGAUGGUAUGAGGUCAGGUCAUAUUUUAGGUCACUGGUGUAGGGAGGUCAUGUGUCAUUGGGUUAGGUUAGGUUAGGUAGGGAGGAAAGAAAGGAAGGAGGGAGAUGAUGGUAUGAGGUCAGGUUAGGUCACAUCUUAGGUCACUGGUGUGUAAGGAGGUCACAUCUUGGGUCACUGCACAGGUCAGGGCGGUAUUAUCAACACAGUCUUUACAUGUAUUUAACACAGGUUGGGCUACAGGAAAGAUACAUAUAAAUUAUCACCCCGGGCCAGGGAGAAAAUAAAAUAAAAUAAAUAAAUAACUUGUUGGUAUUUUAUAAGCAUCUUAAUACAAAUGACUACUACUACUACUACUACUACUACUACUACUACUACUACUACUUCUACUACUAUUACUACUACUACUCCCAGUAAUAGUAGACAAUCACUCUGGUACAAUCCUUUCCUUAGUAGAUGAUCACUCUGGUACAAUCCUUUCCUUAGUAGACAAUUACUCUGGUACAAUUCUUUCCUUAGUAGAUGAUCACUCUGGUACAAUUCUUUCCUUAGUAGAUGAUCACUCUGGUACAAUCCUUUCCUUAGUAGACAAUCACUCUGGUACAAUUCUUUCCUUAGUAAUCACUCUGGUACAAUCCUUUCCUUAGUAGACAAUCACUCUGGUACAAUCCUUUCCUUAGUAAUCACUCUGGUACAAUCAUACUUCUCACUCCCUCAACACUGGUAACACUGGGCCACAAACAGUGUUCCAGCGUGACCAGACAUGUCCCAGCAACACACACAAUCAUUUUAUGCUCCUUCAUUAAGUCUGUGUGUGUGUGUGUGUGUGUGUGUGUGUGUGUGCUCAGC